UUGGGGGCGGGGCCUCGGGCUCACACAAGGUGGAGAGAUUGGCUUCUGGCCUGCAGCGGGCUUUUGUCCACCGGAGCGGAGUAGGCGCACGGACCAGCGUCCGUGUACGCAGCCACCCAAAUGUGUCUCAGAAGGUGGAGUUCCCCCAGACCCAUCUUUGUCCCUGAAGGUCUGAUAGCAGUGAACAAGUUAUCCCACCUCUCUCAUCUUCAACUUCCUCAACUAUAAAAUGGGCAUAACAGUGCUAAUUCUCCAGGACCCAAUGGCUUCAAAAUCCCAGCCCAAUGCUCCCAAAGUUGGGAACGUGGGGAGGAUCACCAAUGGCAACGCUGUGUCUCAAGGACAAUGGGGUCGAGCCUGGGAAGUGGACUGGUUCUCCCUGGCCAGCGUCAUCUUCCUGCUGCUCUUUGCACCCCUCAUCGUGUACUACUUCAUCAUGGCAUGUGACCAGUACAGCUGUUCUCUGACCGCCCCUGUGCUGGAUGUAAUCACUGGUCAUGCCAGUCUUGCAGACAUCUGGGCCAAGACCCUACCCGUGACAAUGAAAGCUGCCAAGAUCUACACCUUGUGGGUCACCUUCCAGGUGCUUCUGUACAUGUUACUUCCUGACUUCUGCCACAGAUUCCUGCCACGCUACGUGGGAGGAGUCCAGGAGGGCGCGGUGACACCUGCAGGGAUUGUCAACAAGUACGAGGUCAAUGGCCUGCAAGCCUGGCUCAUCACACAUCUGUUCUGGUUUGCUAACUCCCACUUCCUGUUCUGGUUCUCACCUACCAUCAUCUUUGACAACUGGAUCCCACUUCUGUGGUGUGCCAACAUCCUUGGCUAUACUGUGUCCACAUUUGCCAUGGUCAAGGGCUACCUUUUCCCCACCAAUGCCAAAGACUGCAAAUUCACAGGUAACUUCUUUUACAACUACAUGAUGGGCAUUGAGUUUAACCCUCGAAUCGGGAAGUGGUUUGACUUCAAGCUGUUCUUCAAUGGACGCCCUGGGAUUGUGGCGUGGACCCUCAUCAACCUGUCCUUCGCAGCGAAGCAGCAGGAGCUGUAUGGCCAGGUGACCAACUCCAUGGUCCUGGUCAACAUCCUGCAGGGCAUCUAUGUGCUGGACUUCUUCUGGAACGAAACCUGGUACCUGAAGACCAUUGACAUCUGCCAUGACCAUUUUGGCUGGUACCUGGGCUGGGGUGACUGUGUGUGGUUGCCAUACCUGUACACAUUGCAGGGCCUGUAUCUAGUGUACCACCCUGUGCAGCUCUCCACCCCUCAUGCCGUGGGUGUCCUGGUGCUCGGCCUCCUGGGCUACUACAUCUUCCGCAUGGCCAACCAUCAGAAGGACCUGUUCCGCAGAACAGAUGGGCGCUGCCUCAUCUGGGGCCAGAAACCCAAGGCCAUUGAGUGCACGUAUACAUCGGCUGAUGGCCAGAAGCAUCACAGUAAGUUGCUGGUGUCAGGCUUCUGGGGUGUGGCCCGCCACCUCAACUACACUGGUGACCUGAUGGGCAGCCUGGCCUACUGCCUGGCCUGUGGCGGGGGCCACCUCCUGCCCUACUUCUAUAUCAUCUACAUGACCAUCCUGCUGACCCAUCGCUGCCUCCGAGAUGAACACCGCUGUGCCAGCAAGUAUGGCAGGGACUGGGUACGCUACACUGCCACCGUGCCCUACCGCCUGCUGCCUGGCAUCUUCUAAGGAACUGUCCCUCAGCAGCCUCAGGGUUGACAGGCUGUAAAAAAGCAUGUGGAGCUGGACGAUGGGAGCAUGUACCCUCCAGAGCCUUGGUUUCCUCAUCUAUAAAACGGAAAGAGCCUGGCACUUGGCAGGUGUCCACUUGAUAUUAGCGCUUUUUCCUGUCCCCCUUCCUCAGGGGAAUUCUCACUUUACACCAGGGGCCUUCCCACCAGCAGAAAGGGCAGGAAGGUGACCUGGUCACUUGGAAUGGCCCUUUUGUAACAGUUUCUUUAUAUCAGAAGUGCAGGGUGCCACACUGCCCAGACAAAGGAGCAUCUGAUGCUCACCAGGCUACCUUCCGGCUCCCUGUGGUUAGUACUGUACUUAUUCUUGCUAAAUAAAAGUAGAAGUGGGAUCUAUGAGGUGUGUAAGUUGUUCAGAUUGCCGUUUGGCACCUGCCCUGUCAUAAUGGGCUGGGAUUUUGGCACAGUGCUCCUUUGAAGAGCACACAGUGAGUUAGCAGAGGGUGUUGAGGGACACUUGCUGGAGAAUGGGGUUGGUGAUUGUUUCCUUCUUGCUCCUACUGCACGGCUGACUGCCAGGGGUGUGUCAUGGCGACAUCUGGGGGCAGGGCUCAGCUCCCUGUGAGCACCACUCAGUGCCUCAGCCAUGUGCUCUGCACAAGGUGUCACAGCUUACCCUGUACAAGGCACAGAUUCUAGCACAAAUGGCCCAGAGGAUGUCAUCAUCCAAGGGCCUUGGCUGAACCUUCUCCAGCAAGGAGUCCCACCCUUUAGAGUGUUUCUUACCAGGGACAGUGCCCUCAACCUCAGGAUACUCUGUAAAAUUCUUUGGACGCAAUUCCCAUGCACAGCUGAUGAUUCUUUUAUUAAAUGUUCCCUGUUCAAAUAAAUGACGGUGUGGUU